CUGCUUAGUUAUUCUACAGCGCGAGUCGUUUUCAGUCAGUCAAAGCAAAGUUUUCGAGUCGAUUGAGCAUGGUUGCCGCGCGAUUCGUACUUUACGCUCGUGUUAGUUAAUUCGCGAGUCGACUUUGAUUUUUUUAAAUAUUUUUUAAUAUUUUAACACUUUCGUUUGUCCGUAGGAAUGAAAAUACGGGAGUGUUCACCGUAGAUUGUACCGCAAAUAAUUUUUUUUUUUUGGUUGUCGCGAUAAAAGAGUCGGGCUACUUGACUUAGACUUUUAUAAAAUAUAACUCUGAGACAAUGACGUUGAGAAACGCUAGCGUACGGAAUAUUAGUUUUUGUGCGGUGGUUCUGGUAACGUUUUGGCGAACUUCUUCGACCCAAGAUGUACCGGCGCCGACGUGUUUUAGUAACAUCUACUGUCACGGUCCGCUACUGCACACUAUACAAAUGGCGAAAAUUCAUCCGGAUUCGAAAAAAUUCGUCGACAUGAAACUUCGUUAUUCACCAAACGAGACCCUUCAAAAAUUCGAUUUAUUCAUGGCCGAUUACAAAGACAGAAAACCUACACAAGUGGAAGUGAAGGAAUUCGUACAGCAGCAUUUUGAGCCGGAAGGUCAGGAAUUCGAAGAUUGGGACCCCAGCGACUGGGUUUCGCAUCCGAAGUUUCUCGAUCGCAUCCAAGACGACGAGUUCAAAUUAUGGGGGAAAAAAUUGAACGAUAUAUGGAAGACGUUGGGGAGGAAAAUGAAAAAAGACGUCCAAUUAAACCAGGACCAUUAUAGUAUCAUCUGGGUACCUAAUCCCGUUAUCGUACCAGGCGGAAGGUUUCGCGAGUUUUACUACUGGGACAGUUAUUGGAUCAUCCAAGGCCUUUUGUUGUCGGAAAUGCACCACACCGCCAAAGGCAUGCUCGAAAAUUUCUUAUACAUCGUCGAAAACUACGGCCAUAUUCCGAACGGAGGAAGGAUUUACUAUUUGGCAAGGUCUCAGCCUCCGCUAUUAGUUCCUAUGAUUAAACUGUACUACGAUUUUACGCAUGACCAAGAUUUUAUUGAAUCUAAUUUGUUGACCAUGGAGAAGGAGUUCGAUUAUUGGAUGACCAAUCACACGAAAGUAAUUAACGUCGACGGGAAAAAUUACACUUUGGGUGUAUACGGCGAUAAAUCGUCAGGUCCAAGACCUGAAUCGUAUUCGGAAGACGUCGAAAGCGCUCACAUAUUUAAAGAAGACAGUCAGAAAGAAGAAUAUUAUUCGGAAAUUAAAGCGGCCGCCGAAUCUGGUUGGGAUUUUGCUAGCAGAUGGUUCAUAGCGAACGCUACUAACAAAGGAAAUUUAACGCACAUUAAAACAAGGUCCAUAGUGCCCGUCGAUUUAAACGCGAUGAUCUAUUGGAACGCGAUGUUGUUAUCCGAAUUCAACGCUCUAGUGGGAAAUGCUGAAAAGACCAAGUACUAUCGCGAUCUCGCUCAAGAAUGGAUGAUCGCUACUACCGCUGUGUUGUGGCACGACGAAAUCGGAUCAUGGUUGGACUACGAUCUCGAUAAUUCCAUCAAAAGGGAUUAUUAUUACAUUUCCAACGUAACGCCUUUGUGGACCGGCUGUUACAACAUGACCGAGAAAGAUAGAAUUAUCAAGAGCGUUUUGAAGUAUCUGCAAAAUAAGAAUAUUAUGUAUCCCGGAGGGGUCCCGAAUUCCGUGGAACAUACCGGUGAGCAGUGGGAUUAUCCCAACGCUUGGCCUCCCGUUGAGCACAUCAUGAUAGUGGGAUUGAGCAACGCUGGCGAUGAAUACGCUUCAAGACUAGCUUACGAAAUUGCUGAAACGUGGAUCAGGUCGAACUACAAGGCUUUCAAAGAGUCGGGUAAUAUGUACGAGAAGUACGAUGUGACCGUCUUCGGUGGAUACGGUACUGGAGGCGAAUAUGAGGUUCAAUUGGGUUUCGGUUGGAGUAAUGGAGUUGUGUUGGAUCUCUUACACAGAUAUUCGGACAGGCUUACCGUGGAAGAUCCGCCUGUAACAACAUCGUCUGUGGUACAAAAUCUCCGAGUUCAAUCUUCCAGUAUUAAUUCAAUUACAGCCGCGCUGAUAGUUUUAUUGGUGACCUUAUCAACUGGAUUUAUAGGCAUAUACCUGUACAAGCGCAGAACACAAUACAGUUCUCUGAUGGACAAGAGAAGACCGUCGAGUGCCAAAUACACGGAACUUCGCAAUAUUCAAAGCAAAACGGCGAGGUAAGUCGACACUAGACAACGACGUCAUCAACGCCAAUGGUUAAAUCUUACGUGUGCCAUACUAUAUCCAUGUGUGAUCUUAUCAAAUUAUCUACGUUGGACGUCACUUUGAUGGGUUGUUACCAACGCCGUUUUACUCGAGUCGUGCGACGGUCGAAAUAGCCGAAGGUAUACAGGGUAUGAGAUCAUUUUAUUGUUCGUCGGAUAACGUUUAUGGACCACGCUCCAAGCGAGUGCUCUUAAAAGGGCACAAACAAAUUGUAGCGCAACAUUUUAAUUAAAUAAUUCGCAGAUUAUAUUCUAGAAUAAGAACUGGCCUAAUAGGCGCUUCAAUUUCGGUGUGUUCCCGAUUUUGUAUCGCGUACCAAGUAGUAGUAGGAAAAUUUCCGUUGCUAAUAAAUAUAUACGUAACAUGGCAGAACCGACCUAAAUAAUAUACGGGGUGUUUUUUCAAGUACGGGUGUCCAAAAAGUAUAUACUAGAAUGUUCUGCUCAUAUUAUAAAAAGGGCUCGAUCCUUCGUUUACUAUCUACAAGCUCAAAUUACUCCAAAACCACAAAUUUUUUGACUAUUAAAUUCGAAAAAUGUGAACAGCGUCAAACUUUAAAAGUAAAUUUUCCCAAAAAAAAACUCCACUGACGUUUUCCGUUGUUAAAAUUUUUCCCACGCGAAAAUGCAAAUAUUUUGACCCUGGAGCUUUUUGUAUCUUUGGUUUUCGAAAAACAAACUUUAAAUAAAGAUUCAUCAAAAAAUACGUCACGAAAAUGUUUGAUUUUUUGUAUUUUUUUACGAACUAAGUAAAAAUGCAGCUUCUUGGGGUUUUUCGUAUCUCGCUGUGGUUUUAGCGAUCAAAAUAAAAUUCUAAAACGUUCUUUUUAUAACAAACUUUAAAAGCAAAUUUUCAUAAAAAAAAAAUACUCCACUGACAUUUGUUGUAUUUUUCCGGGCUAAGUAAAAAUGCAAAUAAGUGCUUUUUUAAAUAAAACAAAUUUUAAAAAUUACACCAUUGAUAAUUUCUUAUUUUUCAGUAAAUAAGCAAAAAAUGCAAAUAUUUUGACCUUCGGACUUUUUGUAUCUUUGGUUUUCGAAAACUUAAAAAAAAACUUUAAAAACAAAUAUUCAAAAAAAAAUACGUCACGAAAAUGUUUGAUUUUUUGGGUGUUUUCGCAUCUCGUGGUUUUAGAGAUCAAAAUAAAAUUCUAAAACUUUUUUUUUUAUAACAAACAAACUUUUAAAGUAAAUGUCCAUUAAAAAAAUACGCCACUGGCAUUUUUUGUAUUUUUUCCGGACUAAGCAAAAAUGCAAAAAUGUGCUUUGCAUUUAGGGGCCAAAUAAAAAUUGAACCCCAUUUCUUUUAUAAAAAAUAAAUUUGAAAAAAUGCGCCACUGACAUUUUUUUUUAUUUUUUAGCAUCUAAUCAAAAAUGCAAAUAUUUAGGCUCGUUGGGUUUGUUCGUAUAUUGCUUUAGUUAUCGAUAUCAAUAUAAAGUUCUAAAGUUUUUUUUUUGAUAAAAAAACAAAAUUUAAAAGUAAACUUCCAUUUAAAAAAAACGCCGCUGACUUUUUUGUGUUUUUUUUCCGGAAUCAACAAAAAUCUAAAAAUGCGCUUUGGUUUCCGAGGUCAAAAUAAAGUUCUAAGUCAUUUAUUUUACAAAAAAAAUAAACUCUAAAAGAAAAUUGUUCAUAAAAAGAUACGCCACUGAUAUGUUAAUUAUUUUUUCAUACUAAGCACAAAUGCAAAUACAGGACGCCACUGGAAUUAAUCUUAAGUUGUUUGAGCCCAAAUGAGCCUUACUGACCCAUCUGCAUAUACAAUUUUUACCGUAAAAUCUCUUAAAGAAGAAUUGACUACAUAUCUAAAAGAACACCCUGUAUAAAUCCGGCAACUUUGCACGACGAAUCUCCAUCAUCCUCUCUAUCUCUCUCUCUCUCACACACACACACAUUCCCACGUCCCCCUCUCUCCUCUCUAUCGCUUUCAUCCCAUCUCUCUCUUUCUUGCUCUCGCUUAUAUAUUGUUUUAAAUUAAUUAUUAAAGUUGUUUCGUUUUCGCCGAGCAAAAUUUUAAGCCAGUUCUGUUCCCGGAUUCUUGAACCUGGGGAAGUGCUUUCGUAGGUGACCUUUUAUAAUUCUAAGUAAUAGCGAGAAAAAAAGAACAUCCGUUCCCCAAUUUUAAGAAUCGGGUCCCUGGUGUGUUUUUUUAGCCUCAUAGCUACAAUUUUUUCAAACGCAUCGCUCUUGGAUUGAUUUCGAAAAUCGGUUAUGUAUACUAUCAUCUUUGCAUGCUCAAUUUCUUAAUUACCACGUAUUAUGAAUGUUAGAAUUAAUUGUCGGUGGUGACAAAAAAAGACAAACUGUAGAUAAUUCCCUAGAUAAAUUUAUUUAUUUAUAUACCAGUUUAGAUUUUUGUCGUUCCCGAUCUCCUUUUAGAAUCUCGAUUGCUCUUUUUUUAGAUAGACGAUAAUUCGGAUGCCCCUUCGUUGUUACAUUUGGUUCCAAAAAAAAAAAAAAUACACGUUUGCCGUGUGAUCAAAUUUGGCGGAUUUGUACAGCAAAUAACAGUGUUUAUUUGCUGGGUAAAUCCGCGGCCGAAUUAAACAAAAAUUAAGUAUUUUGGGAACCGAGUAUGUAUUUUCGAACCUUUGUCUCUUUUUUAGAGUUUAUUAUACCAAAGCCUCCAAAAAAUAACAACUUCGUGGACGCUGUUAGUAUUUUAAAAAUAAACUUGUGAUAUUUAUGAAAUGGUAAAACAAAUUUCUACCGUACACUUUCCCUCAACUAUACAUAUUAGACCAAUUUGUAUUUUUGUGGUUUU